CAAAUUGACAACCAUUCCUUGAUGACAACUUUGACAGCAGAAAAUUUCUUUCUUUAUAAACAGAAUAUUUUCUAAACUUCCUAAACUAAUUUUCCUCUUAUAUUUCUUGCAUAAUUGUACAUUUUUCAAUAAAUGUGUGAUUUUUCGUUAAAAUGCCUGCAAUUGAUAAAGCCAUUACAGAAGAUGAUGAAGAUUACCUUAUAUCGAGAGCUAAAGAAGCACACAAACACAAUAUUUAUUCAGCAAAAGCUUGGAUGUUGACAGCAAAAACAUUAUUUCCAUCCAAUUUCAAAAUUCAAUUUGAAGCUUAUUUAAUGGAAAAACAAUCCGGAAAUGUUCACGAAGCUGCAGAAUGUUUCAGUUCACUCAUGUCGUCGAGACAACAUUUACCAGAUCUUUUGUUGGAAAUAUCUGCAAUCGCUAAUGCAUUGAAAUCGAAUGAGCCCAGUUUUUUAAGUCAAAUGUUCGAUAAUAUAUGCCCUGAUAUUCAACUAACGAUACUUAAAACGAGCGUGGAGAACAGUGAUGAUACUAUGGAGCAUUGUCGAUUAUUAGUUUUGUUAUUGAAGAAGUUUCCUCAGUUAGGAGUGGAUAGUUUGGUUAAAACUCUUAUAAAUACUGAAAAGUUUUUUUAUGACAACAGAUAUGCGCGGCUACUGGUUGUGGAAACGUUGCCUCUCCUUCAUUCUCUCGAGUCACCGAGAUUGCUUCAGCGAUUGGUUGUAAAGGCAAUAGAUUUCUACAACUCAUAUGUUUAUGAUGAAACUGAACAUGAUAUAACUGACCCUUGGCAAAGGCUUUAUGGAGUACUUGAUUUAUUAGGCAGACAGUUAGGUUGGGAUUCUUAUCUAGUCAAUUAUGGCAAUAGCUUAAACAAAGAGUCAUAUUAUCAAAAGCUACUGAUGUUGAGAAGCUCAGAGGAUUGUCGUCAACUGCUGUAUUGUGGUGUUGUGUUCUUCUUACGAUCUCUGUAUGAACAAAAGACCCUAAGAGGUAAUCAUACUUUAGUAGAGGCAUUGUCAGAUCCUGAUCUGCCCGUCUCCAAACAUAAAAAAGGAGAUAUUGAAGUAACCGGUGUAUCAGCUCAUCAGUUUCAAGCUGCUGCUAAUUGUUGGGAAUUGCUGCACUGCAAUGAAGUUAUAACAAGGGAAUUUAUAAAGUUAACUUCACAGUUACAGAUUAAGCCCUGGUUAGAGGGAUUUUCUGAUGAGUUGGCUCUUUAUAAAGGCAGAUACAGUGAGGUCAAUACUUCUGUAUCAAAUGAUUUGACAAAUAUUAUAUCCAGAGUGUCUAUAAACUUUUUUCAGCAAAAUUACUUGGGCUGUAUUGAAAAUAUGUUAGCAGCAUUGCCUUUAUUGCCCUCUGUUGAGGGAGUUUUAGAACCUGACCUGAUAGUUGGUGGUAAACAUAGACACUUACAUUUUCUUCCAAUAACCAAGGUUGCAAUUAUGCACUGCUUUUGUACUCUACUGAUAAGAAUCUUAUUGAAAGCUGGAAACAAUUCUGAUUUAACCUUUGGACAUAUGUUAGUGCUGAUGCAACUUGGCUGGCCACAGGAAGAAUCAGUAUUUAUCAAUAUCAUGGAUGCUAUAAGGAAAAAAGGUGUUUUUCAUUAUCAUCUAUUUCCAGCAUAUAUAAUUCAUAUUGAUAUUUUAGAAGAACUGAGUUUUAUUUGGAAUGAACAAGGGAAAACCAUUGCAUUGGAUAUUUUGCCAAAUUCUCAACAGCAUCUCGGACAAAGAAGAAUAGGAACUCGAGGAGCUGAUAAGGGUGUCAAGGAGGACUUUAAACAGGCCAUGAAAGCCCAAGUUGCAAGAAGCAAUGAGUCUAUAAUUAAUUUAAUUAUACAAUUUAUUACUUCAGAAAGAUCUUAUUUUCUACAAAUACAAUCAUAAUAAAUAAAAAACAAUUAUUAGAAAUAAAA